CCUACUCGAUUCAGAUUGAUUUCAUGAACGCACUCUAUCAAUCUCUCAAUCAAGGUGGCAUUUCCAUGUUGGAAAGCCCAACCGGUACUGGGAAGACUAUGAGUGUCAUUUGUAGUGCUUUGCAGUGGGUGCUUGAUCGGAGGCUACAACACGAAUCACGGGAAGCAUCGGAAGUAGGUAAGGAUCAAGCAACUGGUUCGGAUGAUGAACCUGAUUGGAUGAGAGAUUUUGUUAUUAACAAAGAGGAGAAAACGGAAAAUAAGAAGGAAAAGUUUAGAUCUAUGGUAGGAAAACCUUAUAAUAAUAAUAGUGAGAAGAAGAAGAAGAAGAAGAAGAAGAACGAGAAGGAAAGUUGUAAAGAUUCUAUCACUGAAAAGGGGUGGGAGAGUUUGAUAAAGGAAAUUGAUGGAGUGGAUAUUAUUGAUGAGGAGUUUUUACUGGAAGAUUACGAGAGUGAAGAUGAGAAAGCUCUGGGUCUGGGUAGUGUGGCGUCUAAGAGGAAGGCCAUUAAAAGCACAUUUAGUUCUUCAAGUGAAGAUGAGAAUGAUGAUGGUGAUGAGGAAGAGGAGGAGGAAGAGGAGAAGAAGUUGAAGGUUUAUUUUUGUAGUCGAACACAUUCCCAGCUUUCACAGUUCAUAAAGGAGUUACGGAAGACAGUCUUUGCUAAUGAGAUUGAUGUUGUGAGUUUAGGCUCCAGGAAAAAUCUUUGCAUUAACCAAGAAGUACUAACACUUGGAAACUCCACACGCAUAAAUGAGCGAUGCUUGGAACUCCAGAAGAAAAAGAAAAAUGAAGCUACAAAAGUUAAGAACUUAAGAGUAGGUGCAGGGGUACGCAGAACAAAGGCCUCUUCUGGUUGCCCAAUGCUUAGAAAACAUAGACUACAACAAGAAUUCAGGAAUGAGGCAUCUCAACAAGGGCCCUUGGAUAUUGAAGACCUUGCUAACCUUGGAAGAACCACGGGAACUUGUCCAUAUUAUGGAUCUAGAAGCAUGGUUAGGGGAGCAGAUCUUGUUGUCCUACCAUAUCAGUCUCUUCUGUCAAAAUCAUCUCGUGAAGCACUUAGUCUGAAUUUGAAAUCCAAUAUUGUUAUAAUAGAUGAGGCUCAUAAUUUAGCUGAUUCACUUAUCAGCAUGUAUGACUCCAAAAUUACUUUAUCACAGCUGGAGAAUGUGCAUUGCCAUGUGGAGCGGUACUUUGUGAGAUUCCGGAAUCUUUUGGGACCUGCUAAUCGGAGAUAUAUUCAAACUCUAAUGGUCCUCACACAAGCUUUUCUCCGAGUACUACUCAAUGAGAAGGAUGAAAAUCUAGGAGAUUCUUGCCAUGGUAUAGAACAGACUUCUGAAGAAAGUAGAGCCUCUGAUUUUACUAUGUCCAUCAAUGAUUUUUUCUUUGAACUAAAUAUAGACAAUAUCAACUUGGUCAGAUUGUUGAAGUAUAUAAAGGAAAGUAAUAUCAUGCACAAGGUUAGUAGUUAUGGGGAAAAGGUGGCUAGCUUGGAGAAGAUAUCAGCACGCGAUAAAAUUGGGGAACAUGGUGAGGAGGGAAGCUGUCAGUCUUCUUUCCAGGCAUUAGCUGACAUAUUGCUAUCACUGACAAACAAUGAUAGUGAUGGAAGGAUAAUCAUUUCCAGGUCUAGACCAACGAGCUUCAGGAAACAGGGAGGAUAUAUUAAAUAUGUUAUGCUCAGCGGAGAGAAGAUUUUCUCCGAGAUUGUAGAUCAAGCACAUGCUGUUGUAUUAGUAGGGGGAACGCUUCAACCUAUAGAAGAGACAAGGGAGCGACUCUUUCCAUGGUUACCACCAAAUCAGUUGCAUUUCUUUUCAUGUGGCCAUAUUGUCUCCCCAGAUAGCAUGAUGCCAAUUGCGGUUACCCGUGGGCCUACUGGCCGCUCCUUUGAUUUUAGCUACAGCUCGAGGAGCUCAGCAGACGUGAUGCGAGAGCUGGGCCUUUUGCUAUGUAAUUUGGUGACUGUGGUUCCCGAAGGAAUUGUAGUCUUCUUCCCUUCUUUUGAUUAUGAAGGUAGAGUCUAUGAAAACUGGGAGUCUUCUGGCAUCCUUGAAAGGAUUACAAAGAGGAAGCGUGUCUUUAGAGAGCCUAGAAAUAAUAUGGAUGUUGAAUCAGUUCUCAAGGAAUACAAAGAUACCAUUGAUACAUUAUCGAGUAUGAAUUCAGAAGCAAACCAAGCAUCUCACAGCGGUGCGAUACUCCUUGCUGUUGUUGGUGCGAAGAUAUCUGAAGGGAUCAACUUAAGUGAUGGGAUGGGUCGGUGCAUAGUCAUGGUUGGACUGCCAUAUGCUAGCCCAUCUGACAUUGAGUUAUUGGAGAGGAUAAAGCACAUUGAAGGUUUUCGAAAUUCAAAGUUCCUUGAAAAUCCUAGUUCUUCUGCCAGUUAUAAUGUAUACAGUGGAGAUGUGCAAGGUGGUUUUGGCAUCUUAAGAAGUUGCAGUCACAGAGGAAAAGAGUAUUAUGAGAAUCUCUGCAUGAAAUCUGUAAAUCAAUCAAUAGGUAGAGCAAUCCGUCACAUUAAUGACUAUGCAGCAAUUUUAUUGGUUGACACAAGGUAUGCAUCGGAUUCCUCAAAACGGAGCUUUGCCCACCCAGUCACCAAGCUCCCCCAGUGGAUAAAAGAUCGUCUUGUUUCUUCUUCCAAUAACUACGGUGAAGUACAUCGUUUGCUGCAUCAGUUUUUCAAAUUCAAAAGGACAUGCUGUCAAUAACCCCUGCAGCUAAUCUUAUAAAGCCGUGA